UGUCUGCGGUCUAAUUCUCCCAUGGAAUGUUCCACUGAUCAUGUUAGCUAACAAAUUAGGUCCAUCGUUAGCUGUUGGAAAUACUGUUGUGGUUAAACCUGCUGAACAAACGCCUUUGACUGCUUUAUAUGUAGCUGGUUUAAUUGUUGAAGCUGGUUUUCCACCAGGAGUCGUAAAUAUUGUUCCCGGAUAUGGGCAGACAGCCGGUGCAGCUUUGACAUGUCAUUUACAUGUCAAUAAAGUUUCAUUUACAGGUUCUGUUCAGGUUGGAAGAAAGAUUCAGCAAGCAUCAGGACUGACUAACUUAAAGAGAGUGACUUUAGAACUGGGUGGUAAAAGCCCACUAGUAGGACAGAGCAGUGAAAUAAAGGACUGUCCUCUUAAAUAAAGGACGUAUGGUCACUGUAGGUAUACCCUAUCUGAACGUCUCGAGACUAGCGGCAUCUCGUGGUAAAAACCAGAACUACGGCUACGGAAUCGUUCUGUAAUUAGACGCCAGUAUAAACUUAGGGCCGUAUUCACCGCAGUGACCUAAAACGUGAAUUAUAGUUCAAGGUCACUUUUCGUAUUCGCCACGAUAAAUCAACCAAAAUGAGCCGAGGUUUAAGUCGAUGAUUAUGGUUUUUAAACUUUACCCACUUUCAGCCAAUCGCUUAACCGACCUAGAGCAUGGUUACUAGAUUAUCUGGUUUGGGAGCUACUAUUGAAGGGUGUUCGUCUAGGGAUUCGUUUUCGUUCUAGGGACAAUUUCUGCGUAUAGAGCGGCGUUUCGUUAGUCCCAUAUAGAGGUGGGAGAUCCAGUUCCGCUGCUGGAACUGGAACUGUUGGAAGUAAUCAGA